AUGGCCUCUUCGGGUAGUCUUCAAUCUUAUCCUGGGGACACGACCUCCGGUGGAAUUCCAACGACUCAUUUGGUGUCAAACGUGGUGUUCCCGCAAGAAUCCAUGAAGCCAACGAUAGCAAUCUUACUCCAACGGCUAGUAUGCUCUGUUCUGAAAAUGAUCAAGCCCAUCCAUGUCGAAGGAAUAACCGAAACUGAUAUCCAAAGAACUGGUAGGAUGACCCGACUGUGCCUCUUGUCUGCAGGGACAAGCGCCGAGAUUUGGGACCAACCAAAAUUAUCUACACUCCUCACUGCAGAUAAUAUGGAGAAGCAGCUCGGGUCUGGUGCCAAAGCUUCAGGGGUGGGAAAUGGCCUUCAUGGGUGCCACGAAGUCCACGAUAAGGCCAGUCACAUUGCCGUCGGACGUGCUUGCCGCAUAGCCCGGGAGGGGUUUGGGAAAUACCGUUGUAAUUGA